AUGACAUCGACUACUGAGACGGAAACCAAGGUGGAGACCCAGACUCCGGCCGCCGCCGCCAAGGAGGAGAAUCUGCCGGUAGCCAACGAUGCCGGCGGUGACGCCGCCAAGGACGGCGAGAAGCCGGCGGAGAACGCCUCUGCGCCCGGCUCGCCGACCAAGAAGACCGGCACGCUGAAGAACGUCGUCACCGCGCACAAGAAGGACUUCGAGAAGGACGUCGUCUACUUGUACCAGUUCGUUCGCUCCCCGACCACUCCUUCCCUGUCGGCGUGCUGUCUCAUGGUGGAGACCUGGCUCCGCAUGAGUGGCAUCCAAUACGAGAAUAUCGACCACAAGCUCCGAUACAAGUCGAAGAGGGGCCAGCUGCCCUUCAUUGAACUGAACGGCAAGGAGAUCGAAGAGUCCGAUACCAUCAUCCGCGAGUUGUCACUAUACUUCGAGAAGGACAUCGACGAUGGUCUCACCCCGGACCAGAAGAUAAUGACUCACGUUUUCUGCUCGAUGCUGAACAACCACACCGGCUGGAUCGUUCGCUGGUGGCGAUACAAUCAUCCGCAGGAGUUUCUCGACGUCGCGCAGCUGGACAUCAAGCGAACCUUCAACUCGCGUCUGCCCAACUCCAUCUUGAACUUUGUCUUCAAGAUUGGCUUCAGAAAGCACCUGAAGGAUGCCGUCGGAUACGGCGUUGGCCGCUUCUCCCUUGAGGAGGUCGUCGAGUCUGCCAAGAACGACUUGAAGGUCUUGAGCGACUUCUUGGGCACCAAGGAUUACUUUUUCGGCAAGGAGCCGCGCUAUCUUGACUUGUCGGUCUUCUCACACUUGGCCCAGUUCAUCUACGUUCCCUUCGGCGGGCUCAAGGAAUGGAUGCAGGAGGAGUGUGCCAACCUGCUCGCCCACGCCGAGCGCGUCAAGACCAAGUACUGGUCGGACUGGGACGAGAUCCUUUCGACCCUGGAAAUGAAUACUCAUCUUCCCAAGAAGGAAGUGCCCGCGGAGUCGAGCGAGCCCAAGGCUGAGGACGAGGCCAAGAAGGCAAAGGAGGAGGAGGCCAAGAAGGCGAAGGAGGCCAAGGCUGCCGAGAAGAAGCGCCUAGCGGAGGAAAAGAAGAAGGAGCGCGAGGAAAAGAAAAAGAAGGAGAAGGAAGAGAAGGAGCGCAAGAAGAAGGAAAAGGAGGAGGCGGAGAAGGCCGCCAAGGAGAAGGCUGCCGCCGAGGCGGAAGCUGCCAAGCAGGCUGAGGCCGCCAAGGCCGAGGCUGCUGCUGCGGAAACGCCUGCCGCUGAUGGGGCGGCGGCACCCGCUGCCGAGGCUACCAAAGAGGCGGCGGAGAAGCAGGAGACGGCUCCGAAUGGCUCUGCCGACGCUGCUGCGGCCAAGCCCGAGGUGACUGCCGAGUAA